GUCAAACCCAUUGUUACUAAAGUUAUUUUCUCUUUAAUCUGUAGUUUUUAAAUACGGAGUAAUACUCCGUAAAUAAAUUGGUGGGGCAUGUUCAUCCUACUGUUCUUCAUGGGAAUUAUUGCGAGUAUGGGUUUGUGGAUGUAGGGGAGGGUGCGAAAUCUUUCUUUCCAUCUCUUUUUCCCGGCCAUGAAUAUGGUUCCAAGCUUAAUUUGGUGAUUUUGUCUGAUCUGGUUUCUAUCAGAUUCCUUGGAAUUCUGCUGAUUCUCUUAUUGUACAAUUGGCAAAUAUUCUUUUGCAAAUUUGGGCCGAUAUUCGCCCGAAAGCAGGGUGGAUUGCAGCUCACUUAUGGGUUGGCUGUCCAAGAUUUUCAAAGGUUUCAGCCAUGGCAGUAAGCAGAAGAUUUCACAAGGCCAACAUCUUGGGAGAUUGGAAGAUGGCACUGUUUGGGAAAGACCCAGAUCAUCCUCUGCUGAUGCAAGGUCAGACUUUGAUGAUGAAGAAGUUGCUCUUGCAAUUGCACUCUCGAUUGUCGAAGAAGAGAAAAAGGAAGAAGCCCAAAAGGAAGAUCGCAAGGAAUACCAAAAUGAAGAGCAGAGAGAAGACCAAAAGGAUGAUCUAGAGCAAGAGCAGAGGGAAGAUGAUAAGGGAAAAAGAGUAAUUGAAGACGAAGCUAGUAUUGAGGAAGACGAACAGUUGGCCAGGGCUCUUCAGGAGAGUAUGAAUAUGGAGUCUCAACCAGCAAGGCAUAAUGGUCAUCAAAGUUUCUUUUCUCCAUUUCCAUUCUUGUAUCCACCUGUGUAUAGGAUUUGUGCUGGUUGCAACGCAGAAAUUGGUCAUGGAAAAUUUUUAAGUUGCAUGGGCACUGUGUGGCAUCCUGAAUGUUUCAAAUGCAGUGCUUGCGAACUUCCAAUUUCUGACUAUGAGUUUUCAGUUUCUGAGAAUCGUCCAUACCAUAAAUCCUGCUACAAGGAACAGCAUCACCCAAAAUGUGACAUUUGCAAGAACUUUAUCCCUUCAAAUGCAGCCGGUCUUAUAGAAUAUAGAGCACAUCCUUUUUGGCAUCAAAAAUACUGUCCCUCCCAUGGGCAUGAUGGGACCCAUCGCUGCUGCAGUUGUGAGAGAAUGGAGCAAGUAGACACGAGAUACUUGAUACUCGAUGAUGGGAGGAGACUGUGCCUAGAGUGUCUGGAUUCAGCAAUAAUGGACACUCAUGAAUGCCAGCCAUUGUAUCUUGAAAUUCAAGACUUCUACGAAGGUCUGCAUAUGAAAGUAGAGCAGCAGAUUCCAUUACUCUUAGUUGAGAGGCAAGCGCUGAAUGAAGCCAUGGAAGGAGAAAAGAAUGGCCAUCAUCACAUGCCUGAAACAAGGGGACUUUGCUUGUCAGAAGAACAGACAGUCAGCAGUAUUUUAAGGAGGCCGAGAAUCGGGGGUUAUAGGAUCACAGACAUGUUCACAGAACCCUGCAGGCUGAUAAGGAGAUGUGAAGUGACUGCUAUCCUCCUCUUAUAUGGUCUUCCAAGGUUGCUGACAGGUUCCAUCUUGGCUCAUGAGAUGAUGCAUGCGUAUCUGCGCCUUAAAGGUUAUCCCAAUCUAAGCCCAGAAGUGGAAGAAGGCAUCUGCCAAGUCUUAGCACACAUGUGGUUGGAUUCUGAAAUCAUAGCUGGUUCUAGUAUUAACACUGCAUCUACUUCGUCUUCAUCAUCUUCGACAAGCUCUUCAUUAUCAUCAUCAUCCACCUCUUCAAAAAAGGGAAACCGUUCGCUGUUCGAGAAGAAACUGGGAGAGUUUUUCAAGCACCAGAUAGAAUCUGAUACUUCUGAAUCCUAUGGGGAUGGAUUCCGAGAAGGCAACAAGGCUGUGCUCAAGUACGGCUUGAAGAGUACACUUGACCAUAUUCGGCUCACAGGGAACUUUCCUUGCUAAUAAGAGGUUUUCGAAUCCCCGGAGUGGAGAGUUCAAUCCAUACUUGUACAUGCAUCAAUAUUCUCUUUGAUUGCAUACCAGGGUAUAUAGCUUUAUACGACGAAACAUAUAGAAAUCAAAAUAUAAUGGAUCCCAGUAAAAAAUGUUGUAGUGCAAUAUAGUGUGAUAAUACUAAUAAUAAUGUACAAAGUUGAGAUUAAUAAGAGAAUUGGCUAUUGAGGGGUGGUUGUGCAAUGGCCAUUAAUAAGAGUAAAGGAUAACAAGAAAUAAAAUAAAAGUUGAAAUCUUUU